UCAGCAGUGCAGUUCGGAACAGGUAACACCACGCUUGAACAUCGUUUUUUGUAGGAGGGACCUCUAAAGAAAUUUAGCAAAAUAUCUUCCCUUCCUUCUCCCUCGACUCGAGAGCAAACGCCAGCACUAGGCAUACAAAACGGCGGUUGGAAAUACCUGCAAUAUUUUCAGACAAGCAGCCGGACGAAAACUGACUUCCGCAAUUCGGAAACCACGAAUUAACGAUUCCUGCGAAUGGUGUCCUGUUGCUGAAACCUGCACUAUUUAAGGGCCACCAGACGUCUAAAAAAGUUAGUUGAUCUUCUGUAACGAAACAUAAAUCACAUAGUUCUGAAUGUCUUAGAAAAGUGUUUCUGUCUCCACAGAAUAUGUUCCUUAAGUUUGUGUUUCCUUAUUAGACGGUCUUAAGUGAUUUGGAUUAAGACAAUCGUACAAGUUUAGUGGUAUACAAUGUAUGGGGAUCUGGAUCUGAGUUUUGGCGCUGUCUUCAAUUUUGAUGGAUUGGGAGAUCGCGUUGAACCGAGUUUCGAUAUUACCACAUUGCAGAGUGAACAUUCUGAUUCGCAAACUUCAGCGAAAGGAUUUUAUAAUGCUGCGGGAUCCUUACUGCAUAGCUAUGACGAUAUUAUGAUUCCAACUCCACCACGAUCGGUACCGGUUUCCGAUGCAGAGCAGAGUCCAACAGCAGUCCAGGUUGUGGAUGACAAAAUUGGUUCGGUGUUGAAUGAUCCGGUGAUGGAUUCUGAAAUAGACUUCCUUUCAUUUCUUACACCAAAUGCGUCACCGAGUGCCGUUGACCACACAAAAUCCGUCCUAAAACCCGUGCAAAUUGAAAGUUCUCCUGAUAAAGAAUCAGUACUAUUAGCUAGUAACAAUCAUUCGGAUGGUGAAGUGACAAACCCACUGCAAUCUCCUGUACUCAGCCCCGUGAUAUCGCAAGACGCCUCACUUCCAUCGCCUAUUGCAGAUAGCAAUAGCAACCAGGCAUCACAGUUCGAUAGCUCUGUAUUUUCACUGGAGAUAGCAAGUCAUCAAACAGCACAGCACAGCAAUGCAUGCCCCAAAUUUAUUGUGGUAAACAAUGCAUCAGUUCCUUCAGAAACGUACAACAAUCAGUGCAACAACCAGUACGGCAAUAUCGUGCAAUACCGAAGCAGCUCGCACGGCAAUAUGCCUGACGAACAACCGCAAGAUUUGUUCAACGACUCGCCAGAACAGACGAAUAUGCUGCGAGAUAUGUGCAGGAUCCUUUCACCAGAGGACAUAGAAAGUGUAAUGAAGGAGCUAACCGGAGAGCAAGAGUUUAAACCAGCUAGUCACUCACCCUCCACGGAGUUUGCAAUGCAACCGGUUUGCAAUGAGGUAGUUUUUAAUGAAUCAACAGCCGUCGCAGGCACAGUGAAACAAGAAUAUCCUUCGAUGACAGUGCAAUCUCUUUUGGGACACGAAGCCACGUAUCUUCAACCUGUGCAAACAUUUCAUAGUAAUUUUUUGCAAAAUAUAACGGACAUUGCACAAGUAAAUUCAACGGUUUCUUAUAGCGAGAAUGGUAUGCCAGAAAAUUCAGUACAAAGCCCUCAGCCGUUACUUAGUCCAAUACCAAGUGAAGUUGAUGAACAGUGUUUUUCGAUUUCCGCUCAAUUAGCUCAUAUUGAGCAAACCAAUAUGUCUGCGGAACACUUGAGUUUGAUAAAAGAGCUGUAUAAUCUACAGCAGAGCAACGAAGCUGCAAUGCCAGAAAUUCCUGUUGUGGUAAACGAAAACAACUCACCUAUUGCCACCGAACCAGAAAUGAUCAAUUAUGAAAAUGUGUUGUUCCUCAACCCACCGCAGUUCCACAAUCCUUACGUUGCCCCGCCUGAUAAUGGUAUGGUAAAUCAACCAAGUAACUUUUCAGAGCAUCAAAACGAAGAGAUAGUUCCACUUCAACCAAUCGAUCUAUCAAAGGGUCCACAAUCGGAAACUCAAUCACAAAGGGAGGUGCAAUCAGACCGACAGCAACUUCCGGUGAACUCUGGAGCGAAUUUUUCUUCCGCGAAUGAGGUGCAUCAGCAACAAACUCAAACUAGUGUCAUAAGUGUCGAAACGCUCAACCAACUGAAACAAGCCUUUCCAAAUAGCGUUUUUGAACAGUUUGUUUCUAGCACAAAGCCCGGCACAAAUCUAGUCACAGUUGAAAUUCCUAAUGGCGUGGUAAUUCUCAAAUCACUGGAUACCACAGUAAAGGACAAGAAUCAGAACAAUCUUCCAAAAUCCACAAAAUUGUCUACGCAGAACCCACUCACCGAACCAAUUAAAAAAAAGAAUCCGACGAUCCAAAUCCCAGCGUCAUCCGUACAAGCUGCUCAGAAAUUAAUUCCAGUACGCAAAAUAUUGCCACAAACUUUAUCCAUCUCAAACGGCUCCAGCUCUAUAAUCAUUCAACCGAAUUCGAUCUCGCCAGCGGUUGUGCCAACAACUGUAAAUCUCAAAAAUCGAUCGAUCCCCAUCGUUCGCAUACCAAGCAAAUCGCAGACCGUAACAAACAACUUACAAAAAAUUCACAUUUCAAACCAACAAACUCUGUUCAAUCCUGUCACCGCACAAAAGGUCUCCCUACAACCUCCACUUAAAAUGCAGAAGAUGAACCACGUGAUACAACCCAAACCGCAGAUGAUGGCUUCAACGGUAAAUCAAAGCAGUUUGAUCAAUUUGCUGGGCUCCACUUCGGCGAACCCGGCUACUUUGACUUUGAAGACAAACACGCCAGAACCUCAACCUAGCACCAGCUCCAUCGUCCCAAUCGCAGCAAACGUAUCCAACGUUGAAUCAUCGGCCGAAAAAGUCGACGCUAAGCCAUCGGUGUCAGCUUCUCCCGGUCAAUACCGCAUCGUUCAACGUGAACAAACUGGUGGAAUCCCUUGCUUCGAAAUCAUUGCCGACAACCUACAGCUCGAACCUAAAACCGAACCAAACAAAUCCGCAGCCGAAGUGGUGCAAAUCCACAAAAGCUACUGCCUCAGCAACAACGGAAGCGCCGCCUUCUAUCCGGUCAAAGAAAUGUACGAAAAGAUGGUACCCUCGAUUGCACCGGAUUCCGACCAACCAAUGAUCGCAAACGAAGCACCCAGCUCGGAAGCGGCGAACGGCGGUGCCACUCGGAAACCACGAAAAUCCAACGUCAACUACAACACCGGCUGGUACUGCGCCCCCUGCGAGAAAUCUUUCGGUCGAAAGGGAAGCCUAAAGCAGCACAUCACAUCGUACCACAGCGAGCCGAAACCGUUCGAAUGCGGCACCUGUGGCAAACGCUACGCCACGGAACCUAAACUACAAGAGCACGAAUCGAAACACUCGGAGGAAGCCAAGAAGUUUCAGUGCAGCGAUUGCCCGAAGAAGUACGUUCACCUGAAGGAUCGGGAUCGGCACUGGAUUCUGCACCACGGGCAGCCACCGAUCUACUGCAAGUACUGCGGCAAGGGAUACUGUCGGGCCGAUCAUCUGCUAGCUCACGAGAUAUCGCACGAAAAACAUAGGGACGCCAAUGGCGAUGUCAUCGUGAGGCCCGGAAAGAAAAGAAAACACGCGGAUACUGAAAACUAACGCGAUUAGAUAAGUCCCAUUUAUCGUUUUUUCCAAACUUAAAAAAUGUACUGUUUUGUAAACAUUUCAAAACUUUUUCUGUAUUUUGCUCUUUUAAUCUGUGAAUUUGAUAGUACAAAUUUUUUAACUGGUCCAUUGUAGAAUAAGUAAAAUUAAUGUUUUUUCCGUAUUGAUAAACUGAAUUUAAAGUCUUUUUGUAUCGAUGUUACGCUAUCAUGAAA